UUUCAGAUAUGUGAAAACAACUACUGUUUUUAAGAUUAUCAACUACUGUUAUCAAUGAACGCAAUUUAUAUAUUUAUGGUUGUUCCUAACCUUCGCAUUGUGGAUUGGUAUUAAAAAUAAGAUUAAAUCGGACAAAUAUAAAUAUAAUCAUAAUGAGUAAUGCAAUAUAAUUAUCAAAUGUAAAUCACCAAAAUAGUUCGCACUCAUAUAAAUACUCUUGAGCAGUGCUUUUGAAGAUCAGUAUAAGGUGCAUAGCCAAUUGCGACAGGUGUAAAGGAAACGGUGAACAGCGAGUGGAAGUUUAAAAUUUUAAAGUGAAAAUCAAAAACUUUAAAUAUUUUAAAAAUUAAUCAACACUAAAAAUGAUACUUGAAAGAAUAAAAGUGUGCAAGAUGACAGCAAAAUCUCUACUCCCCUUGCUGAUGGCAACAAUUGUCAGCACUGCCUUGGCACAAUCGCCUGUGGAUUGGCAGCCGUUGCUUGACCAACAGAACUUGGUUUUACGCCAAGUGGUGCAGACAUUGCAACUGACCCGUGGCGGACUCAUCGGAGCUGAGGAAACCGAUGCCUGUUUCGAUUGGUAUUUGAAUAAUCAGACUGCGAUCAAUGAAGUCUACUAUAAGGAUUACAACGACUGCAAGAAUACGGCAACGGCAGCAAAGACAUUGCUGUCGAAGCAAAGUGCUUUAGAACGUGAAGACCUUUUGGAUGAUGGUCACUCACUUUGCUCUGCUUUGGGUGCUUGUGAAAGUAUCUCCGAUAGUCUGGAAUUCUUUCAGUGCUACAAUAAGAUGUCUAGCAAUAACAGUCCGCAAUUGUUGAACAUAACUGUCACAUCGGAGCGCAUAGCUGACAAAUUGACAAUUUCAUAUCGAGCCAUUAAUGACACCGAACGUGUAUGUACUACUGAAGCCCGUGUUAAGAAUGUGAAUGACCUGAGUAUCAGUAGAACGAAUCUCAAUAACUGUUUGAAUGGUGAUUGGAACCCCCCCCCGGGGGGCGCGAAAGUUCUGAAGCGUCCUAUCAGUUAAGUGGAAGCCGAAUGCUACUCAAGCAGGACAUAUUUCAUUCUGAGCAAUAGCUCGCAUGUCAGAGAGGAAAGCAAUAGACGCAUGAGUUGGAGCAAAGAUAAUAUUACUUACUAAGAGUAAUUUAUAAUUUAUAAAUAUAUAAAAUCAAAAAAAAUUUAUAACAAUAACACAGAAAUAA